UAUAGUUACGUUCGGUCGCGUGGUCAAGCACUGUCUCGCCAGUCGCCCUCGCGUCCGUAUCGUAUAGUCCGACGCAAUUACACGCCGUACGAGCACGGAUAUCGCAAGCCGCAGACGACCACCGGUUAGUCGUCGCGCCACAUUCGUUCGAGCUGCGCGUUCAUUUAUUAACCAACCGACUGUGAAAAAGGAAAAUAAAGAAGUGAAAAAUGACUCUGUCGCGUGCAGCUUGCGUCGCGCUCGUGUGCGCGGUAGCUGUGGCUGCCGAUACACCUCAUCCGCUCUCCGACGCGUUUAUAAGACUCAUCAACAGCAAGCAGAACACAUGGAGGGCCGGCCGCAACUUCCCAACGACGACGCCGUUCGCUCACAUCAACAAGCUCAUGGGAGCGCUACAAGAUGACAACGUAGCGAAAAUGCCGAAAGUUGAACACGACGCCGACCUAAUUGCAAGUCUACCCGAAAAUUUCGAUCCUCGCGACAAAUGGCCCGAUUGUCCCACUUUAAAUGAAAUUAGGGAUCAGGGGUCUUGCGGUAGUUGCUGGGCGUUCGGCGCAGUUGAAGCGAUGACUGACCGAUACUGUACAUACUCGAAUGGAACUAAACAUUUUCAUUUCUCAUCAGAGGAUCUUUUGAGUUGCUGUCCGAUCUGCGGGCUCGGGUGCAACGGUGGUAUUCCGUCGCUGGCCUGGGAAUAUUGGAAACACUUCGGUAUUGUGUCAGGUGGGAAUUACAACUCAACCCAGGGCUGCAGACCGUACGAAAUUCCUCCUUGUGAGCACCACGUCCCUGGUAACAGAAUGCCGUGCAGUGGUGACACCAAAACACCUAAAUGCCAGAAAAACUGCGAAAAUGGAUACAACGUUAUGUACAAAAAAGACAAGCGGUACGGUAAACAUGUGUACAGUGUGUCUGCGGGCGAGGACCACAUCAGAGCCGAGCUGUAUAAGAACGGGCCGGUAGAAGGCGCGUUUACUGUUUACGCAGAUUUGCUCGCAUACAAGAGUGGUGUUUACAAGCAUAUACAAGGCGACGCUCUCGGCGGCCACGCAAUUAAGAUUUUAGGUUGGGGCGUGGAAAACGACACCAAAUAUUGGCUUGUUGCUAACUCAUGGAAUACAGACUGGGGAGACAAUGGUUUCUUCAAAAUCCUGCGUGGAGAGAAUCAUUGCGGGAUUGAGGGCUCGAUCAUCGCCGGUGAGCCUUUGUUAGUGGAUGAUUAGGUCAUUCAUUGUGCAUUGUGUAUUUAUAAUGUCUCAGAAAAUACUAUGUCAAUUAAGUAGUGAAACAUAAAAUUAAAUUGUAUUGUUUUAUGAA